CUUCACUUUGAUCCUCCGUCUCCUUCAGUCCAACACAUCACCGUUGCGCAACUCUUUUCUGGUCUUUCUUCAAUCGUUUGUUCAAUCUCGUUCUCAUCGCCGCGGCGACCAUCUCGUUCGUCCUUGUUCUUCCACAGCGCUACUUCUAGUGAUAUUUGUCAAGAUGUCUUCACCUAUGAAUGCGAUUCGGAGGAAGAAGAAUGUCAAGAAGGGAAUCCAGUUCUGUCUCAUGGUUUGCGGUGCAAGCGGAACCGGUCGAACAACCUUCGUUAAUACCCUAUGCGGAAAACGAGUCCUCCAGCCCAAAGACGCCGACGAUGCAGCCAAUGCGCACCUCGAGGAAGGUGUGAGAAUCAAGCCGGUAACAGUUGAACUUGAACUGGAUGAGGAGGGCACUCGUGUCUCCCUGACUAUCGUCGACACUCCCGGCUUCGGUGAUCAGAUUGACAACGAAUCGGCAUUUGGCGAAAUUGUUGGUCACCUUGAACGGCAGUACGACGAUAUUCUUGCCGAGGAAUCUCGUAUCAAGAGAAACCCUCGCUUCAGAGACAAUCGUAUCCACGCACUCCUCUACUUCAUCACUCCCACCGGCCACGGUCUCCGAGAGCUGGACAUUGAACUGAUGAAGCGCCUUUCUCCCCGUGUCAACGUCAUCCCCGUCAUUGGCAAGGCUGAUUCCUUGACCCCUGCUGAAUUGGCCGAGUCAAAGAAACUGGUCAUGGAAGACAUUGAACACUACCGUAUCCCGGUCUACAAUUUCCCCUACGAUAUUGAAGAAGAUGACGAGGACACCGUGGAAGAGAAUGCGGAGCUCCGUGGGUUGAUGCCGUUUGCCAUUGUGGGGUCAGAGGACGUGAUCGAAGUUGGCGGUCGACGAGUCCGCGCACGACAGUACCCAUGGGGUGUGGUGGAAGUUGACAACCCGCGUCACUCGGACUUCCUUGCCAUUCGUAGUGCCCUCUUGCACUCCCAUCUUGCCGAUCUCAAAGAAAUCACGCACGACUUCCUGUACGAGAACUACCGUACCGAGAAACUCAGCAAGAGCGUGGACGGAGGUGUCUCUGGACAAGACUCGUCGAUCAACCCCGAGGACCUUGCCAAUCAAUCAGUCCGGCUCAAGGAAGAACAACUGCGCCGCGAGGAAGAGAAGCUGCGUGAGAUCGAGGUCAAGGUCCAACGUGAAAUCAACGAGAAGCGACAAGAACUGUUGGCACGCGAGUCUCAACUACGUGAAAUCGAGGCACGCAUGCAGCGUGAGCAGAGCCAGGGUGUGGAAGACCUCAACGGUCACGGCCAGGCUGAUGCAUAAACGACGUCCGGGGAUCCGCAGAAGUUUUCUUUUUCUGCUGUCUCAUGCAGGCCAUGGAUUUUUCAAAGCGAAGCAGAACUUGCGUGAGGAGAUGAGGCUGCACAGAACUUCAAGCGUCAUUGAAGCGGUGAGGCUUGAAGACUCGUCUGUGGGUCAAGCUUUUGUUGCUGAUGGGAGACAUGUCAUGUCUAGUAGAAUAGCGACCUUUUUUAAUGAGCGGUGACUGGGCCUGGAAAAGAGACUCAUUUUUUAAUCGAACAUGUCAAGGAUUGUGCAUAAGUUACUACUAUUUGAGCAGCGAGUUCCAUGAAGGGGAGCAUGCGGAGGACUCGUAGUCGUAAUAUCACUUCCAUUAUUUAUUGGUCUGUGGCUGAUCA